GACUGACUUCGAGAGAAGCCGUGUAAGAUAAGGAGAGAGAAAGAGAUGUGAAGAAAAUAUUCUCUCCAGCUAGCUUUCUUUUUGGUGUUUUCUUCUGGGUUUCAAACCAAAAAGAACAUAUGGUUUCCUCAUGAGUUAGAACAAGUUCAAAAAAAAUUCAAUCUUUCUUUUGUUUUUUAAAUUUAAAAAACAAAAACAAGGAGAGGGAGGGACUUGUUGGGUUGUGUUAUUUGUAGCGAAGCUUUUGUUUUGUAGUAGUAUAUCAGUUUUUGAAGUAGUAGUUGCCCAAAGCUGCUUCAGCUUGGUUAGUUUGGUUUAUUUUGUUUAGCUACUUUAGGAUAGAUAGCAGUGGUUUGAAUCCAUCAAAGUAGCAGAAAUGAUGUCUCAAGAUGGGCUUUCUGUUCCCUCGACAAUCAGAGGGUUAGCUCAAGAACCAAAUUCAAACCCUAACCCUACUAACCCUACUGCUAAUCCAGUGAAGAAGAAAAGAAAUUUGCCAGGAACUCCAGAUCCGGAUGCAGAAGUUAUUGCUUUGUCCCCAAAAUCUCUCAUGGCAACCAACAGAUUCAUCUGUGAAAUCUGCAACAAGGGUUUUCAAAGGGACCAGAACUUGCAACUCCACAGAAGAGGUCACAAUCUGCCAUGGAAGCUCAAGCAGAGAACAAACAAAGAAGUUAGAAAAAAGGUUUACAUCUGCCCUGAAAAGACCUGCGUCCACCAUGACCGUUCGAGAGCGUUGGGAGACCUCACAGGAAUAAAGAAGCACUUUAGCAGGAAACACGGUGAGAAGAAAUGGAAGUGCGAGAAAUGUUCAAAGAAGUAUGCAGUUCAGUCGGAUUGGAAAGCUCAUAGUAAGAUUUGUGGCACUAGAGAGUAUAGAUGUGACUGCGGAACACUCUUUUCCAGGAAGGACAGCUUCAUCACUCAUAGAGCUUUCUGCGAUGCUUUAGCCGAAGAAAGUGCAAGAUUCACUUCGGUUUCAACGACUAUGAUUCCAGCCUUUAGAAAUGAUUUGAUAAAUGGGGCCAAUAGCAAUGCUCAAGCUACAGGGAUGCACCAGUUUUCAUCAGGCUUUAGGCCAGAUUUUGCUGGUCCGGAGCUAGUCGAAAAUCUGAAUGCAAAUGGACAAAAGCCAAGGCUACAAUUAUGGCUCGACCAAGCUAAUUCUCAACUCAACCCAAUUGGUAUUCCGAGUAAUGCUAACGCUUUCUUAGCAACAAAAUCUACCAGCUUGCCUGACUUGGGAAUAGCACCAAUGACCAUGUUUGGAUCACUAUCACAGACACAAUGGCUCAGCAAGUACCCAGAAGCAUCAUUUCCAGGUGCCAACCUCUCUGUGUCAGCAUUGCCACGAGGACUAAAAGAAGAAGAAGAGAACAAGGGCAAUUUGUCUGAAUCCAUAACAUCUUUGUAUUCGAAUAAUACCCGGAAUAGUCUCCAACAAGGCCAGGCUCACAUGUCAGCCACUGCACUCCUGCAAAAAGCAGCCCAAAUGGGAUCUACAAGAAGCAACCCAGCAUUCAAUAACAGUGGCUUCGGGUUAGUGAGCUCAUCCCCCUCAACUAUGUCGAGUUCCAAUACUUACGAUCAGAGCAAGAAUGAAGUUUACAAGCUAGUCAAGCAAGCGAAUCAAUCUGAGAACAUAAACGAAUUGGUGAGUUCAUUGUCUUCAACUCGAGCAACCAUUAUGAAAGAUGGGUCUGCAUUAGGUGAUUUAAACUCGAGCUCAUUUGUCAAUAACGCCACCACCAAGAAUAUGGACAAUUUGGUGAUGCAAGCUAAUGGAAAACAAGGCCAAGCUGUUGUGUCAAAGCUCAACACAAAUUCCAAUGAAGUUGAAGCAAGCUUAACCCGGGAUUUUCUAGGUGUGGGAGGUGAGUCAAGCAGACCGUUCUUGCAACAAGAGCUUGCCAAGUUUGCUUCAAUGGGUUCAGUUCAACCAUGGAGUUGACACUUGGAGAGUUGAGAGAGAGAGCCGGUUCAAAGUGCACAAAUAGAUCGAAAGGUAAGAGCUUGCUAGCCUUGUUGAAGCAAGUGAAUGAUGAUGAAGGCAAAUUAUACACUGUCAAAUUAAGUAGGUUGGUUAAGAGUAUAAUUAAGAGCUAGCAAGAUGAAGAAUAGUGAUGAGUUUGUACUCGGUGGAAAUGAAACAGCUAACGAGUCAACUCGGAAGGGGAGUCUUGUGAAUGGGAAGAGGGGGCGGGGGGGCCACUCGACUUACUGCGUUGUGGAAGAGACCGAAGAGGAAGAGAAAUGGCAGUCUUUGGGCCCUCCAUGCACGUAGAUUUUUCACCUUUUUAUUGCAAGUAGUACUGCUAGUAUUUUUUUUUUUUUCUUUGUUCCUGAACGUUGAUUAAACCUAGUGUUAAACAUGGCUGUGACCACUUGUUGCACUGUAUUUUCCCCUACUGUGACGGCUGUGACCAUUUUCCAACCUGGACUCAAAUAAAAAGGGUCAAUUACGUUUGUUUAGGUUCCA